AUCUAUGUGAAACAGUCGGUGAAAAAUGCCAGAAUGGCUGAGGCGGAUGAUAGUUUGAAGUUAAACAAAUUCAACUUUGAAACACUGAAAAGCGUGCGUUGCAAAAACGGCAAAACGAUAUCGUUGAGCACUAAGCAUGUUCUGCGAAAGAAACAACUCUUGGAAUUGAGGAAAAACGGCAGAGAUAUUUAUGUUAAUAAUAAAACUUCUUUCAAGGGACAAUUGUACAAAUGUGAAAAAGUGUUUGAUAAAGGCGAAUCAGAGUUGAUCAUUCAUGGUCUUGGGGCUGCUGUCUAUAAAGCAAGCCAACUAGCUCUGCAGUUGAAAGAGAUUCAUUAUGGAACUUUAGACCUUGAUAUUAAAACUUGUACUGUGACUUUAGCAGAUAAAUUGGAGACGCUGAGUGAUGAGACGGAUGAUGAAAUAAUCAACAGGCAAAGCUCUGCCAUACACAUACGUGUCUUCAGAAAAGUGCCAUUGGCUGUGUUGAGAUCUAAAGAGAGACAAACUGAUAACAAUUCUGUGAAGUAACAUUUUUGAUUGAUGAAA